AUGGCACAAGUUCCUCGUCUUAGUAUUUCAUCUACUACCUAUACAUAUUACAAUCGAAUUUUUGAUGAUAUAUUAGAUUUAUUUAUAUAUGCUUGUACACAUGGUGAUUAUAUGCUUGUAUAUAAACUUUUACAAGAAGGUAAAGUUAAAGCAGAUAUAUCAAAUAAAAUGGGUAAAAGUGGUCUACAAUUAGCUAUUGAAAAUGAACAUCUUGAAGUGGUUGAAAUUUUACUUGAUAAAAUUCCAUAUGAACAAUUUCGUGAUGCACUUCUUUUAGCUAUUUAUCUGGGUCAUACAACUAUAGCUAAUUAUAUAUUAAAUCAUCAAACAUAUCGAACAUUUUCAGGUGGAUUUCUUGAUCCAAUAGAUCCACAAGCUUAUGAUGAUUCACAAUUUAGUUCUGAUACAACUCCACUUAUUCUUGCUGCUCAAUAUAAUCGUUUAUUAAUUGUUCAUCAUUUAUUAUCUAAAGGUCAUCGAAUAAAAAAACCUCAUAGAUAUAUGUGUACAUGUGUUGAAUGUACCACUGAUUCAAUAUCGGACUCAUUUCGUCAAGCUCAAAGUCGUUUAUCAGCAUAUAAAGGUCUUGCAUCCGAAGUUUAUAUAGCAUUAAUAUAUCCAGAUCCAAUUUUACAAGCAUUUGAAUUAGGUCAAGAAUUACGGUAUCUUGCAAAGAUGGAACAUUAUUAUAGUCAAGAAUAUAGAAAAUUAGCUGAUCAAUUAUCAAUAUUUGUUGCACGAUUAAUUGAUAAUGUUCGAGGACAUGAAGAACUUAAAAUUGUUUUAAAUAAAACUGGUUUACCACAUGAAGAAAAAUAUGAAAAUUUAGCUCGAUUUGAUUUAGCUAUUCAAUAUAAAGAAAAACCAUUUGUAUCACAUUCAAAUUGUCAACAAAAUUUAAUGCAAAACUGGUAUAAAAAUUUAUCUGUUAUUCAAAAUAUUCAUAUAUUCAAACGAAUUAUUUUUUAUCUUGGUUAUAUGAUUUGUUUUCCAUUUUUUGCUCUAAUAUAUUAUGUAUAUCCUAAAUCAAAAAUUGGUUCAUUGUGUCAACAACCUAACUUAAAAUUCAAAGCGUAUAUUGCAUCAUAUUUUAUAUUUAUUGCUUUAAUAAUAGCAUCAAGUUAUUCUUCAUCUAUUUAUCUCGAAAAGACUGAAUCUCUUUCUAAUUAUAAUUCAACUAUAUAUACAAAUUAUAUUAAAUUGAUCUAUCAAAAUAAUGAAUUAAAAAAUGCUAUCAUUGGCAUAGACGAAUAUGCAGAUAGUAAUACUGUUGAUUCAGUAGUUAAUUGUGAUAUAAGUCUUCGUUCAAUGAAACCAAAUCCAUUUGAAAUAGCUAUUUCAAUAUGGAUUAUUGGAUUUGUGUGGAAUGAAAUUAAACAGAUAGCUAGUGUAGGUUUACGUGUGUAUUUAAAGGUUCCUAGUAAUUAUGUUGAUUGUUCAAUGGAUAUUCUUUUUAUAUUUUAUUUGAUUUUUUUGUAUUCAUCAAUGAUUUGUACUCGAAUGUCAAUGAAUAUAUUUCAAUCAUCAAAUUAUUGGUUUCACAUGGCUCGUUAUGAAACAAUGUCGAAUGAUGAAAAACAAUAUUAUAUUCAUCAAACUCGUCAUAUACUUUAUUGGCUUAAUGCUGAUCGAUUUUAUUGGAAACCAGGAGAUCUACAAAAUUUAGCUGAAGCUUUUUAUGCUAUGGGAAAUAUUACUAGUAUUUGUCGAAUUUGUUUUUUACUACCAGUGAUUGCAUUUGUUGGCCCAUUGCAAGUUAUGCUUGAUUAUUGCAUGAUUAAUAUUGCAAAAUGGAUUGGUAUAAUUCUAAUAUUUUUUUCUGCAUUUGCUUGUUCACUGUAUUUAAUAUAUUCUUUUUUUGCUGCUGUUGUUCAACAACAAAAUAUUCUAUUAGGAUCAUCAUUGAAUAUGAAUUCUUCAACAUUAACAGUAUCAAAUAAUUCACAAUGUCCAGAUUAUUUCUAUAAAUUAUUAAAUCAAUCAAUUCCAUUAAUUAUCAAUAAUGAAGAUGAUGAUACAAGUAGUAGUGAUAGUCAAGAUAAUACUACUUUCUGUGAACAAUCUUCUAAUUAUGGUACAUAUCAAAUAGUUGGUCCAUAUCCAGCUAUUUAUUAUUUUGGUGAAUCAUUUGGAUCAACACUUAAAACAACAUUUUUUACAUUAUUUGGUGCUAUUGGUGAUGGUGCAAUUGAUCGUGGUUAUGAAUUACUUACACUUUCCUGUUAUAAACCAAAUCCAAGUACUUAUUUACCAGGCUUUGAUAAUUUUGUAUCAAAUCUUGGUUUUAUACUUUAUGGACUUUUUACAUUUGUAUGUGUUACAGUUCUUAUUAAUACAUUAAUUGCCAUGUUAGAAAAAACAAUUGAAGAUAUUGAUGAUCGUGCUGAUAUUGAAUGGAAAUUUGCUCGUUCAAAACUUUAUAUGGAAUAUAUAAGAGAUGGAGAUGCUUUACCAGUUCCAUUGAAUAUUUUUCCAUCACCAACAUCAAUUAUUAAAUUUGUAAAUCGAAUAAAACAAAUGAUUAUCAUGAAAAAAUUCAUUCAGAAUGAUAGUACUAAAAAAACAACUGGAAUUAAAAGUGAAUAUUCAUUACAUCUUAAUAUAACCAAUGGUAAUAAUAAUAAUGAUAAUAGUGUUGAUGAUGAUUCAGAAUCAGUUAGCUUUAAUAAUGAACAUAUCUUAAAACGUAAACAAUCCUAUGUAUCAAAUAAAACAUUAACAUAUAAAAUAGUUAUUGAACGUGUUAUCAAACGUUUUUUACUUUAUUAUAAAGAUCCUCGACUUGGUUUGACUGAAACAAACGAUGCUUUUCAAGUAAAAGAGAUUAAAAAUGAUAUAUCAUCACUACAUUAUGAAUUAUCCAAUGUAAUUGAUGAAGUUGAUGAUAUGUGUUCUUCACUUAUACAACCAAUGAACAAAUUUAAUCAAGAUUUAAGUAAAUGUUUCGAUUUUGAACAAAUUCAACAACAUUUAAAUAGUCAAAAAGAAUAA